AUGGCUUCAUUCUUCACGCUUCCCCCACUCCCAGCCCCCAUCACUCUCCUCACGGCCGAGACCGAACUCAACAACAUUGCAUUGAACAUUUUCCCUGGUAUCCACAAGGAGAUUACAAUCGACAACCCAGCUCCUCGCACUGUUCGGUUUUCGACUCCGACGUUCAACCAUUCAACUGGACCUCCUUCCGACUCUCCCUCUUCCGAUUCUCCCUCUUCCAACCCUCGGUCACUAUCUCCCCAGGAUUCGCUAUCUGAACCAGAACCGUCAUCCGAACAAGAGUUAGCACCUGGGGUGUUCAGCCUCGACCAACCUAAAGAUGCUCAAUUGGAGGAAGUUGUCAUCCCCAAGCCUCCUGGAGAGGCUGGUCGUCCUGGCCACGGUGGAUACACCCUGGCAACCACUCUUGGAUGGGUCUCUGGUCGAUUUGAAAGCUUCAGGGAUAUUGUACACGAGCUCGUCGAUGAGCAUCUUGAUCUAUCCAAGUCAUACCAGAGUCAACGCUUAUCAAGUUUAAGCCUCGUGCACAAGCAGAAGCCUUCGUGUCCACUACCGGCGCCCGCGCUCCCGUUCCCGUUCCCACUCCCACUCCCGCUCCCGCUCCCGCUCGCGGUCCCGUUCCCGCUCCCGUUUACACCGCUCGUGGUCCCGUUCCAGCUCGAGUACACGCUCGAGUUCACGCUCACGCUCACGCUCCCGUCCUUCCCAUUCACGAUCCCAUACCUCCCGCUUCCACUCCCCCUCGCUCUCUCGCACAGGUGUCCAUCCUCGCACCCGCAUUCAUUCCCCAUCGCCCUCUCCGUUUCACGAUACCACUCACACUCUCAUUCAAUCUCGUUCCGGUCACAGCAACCCCACGCGUCUGAGUUGCAAGCGUCCCUACAGUACAUCAGAGACACUCGCUACUGA